GCGGUCAAAUCCUGGUCUACGGGAACUUGCGUCGCUACCAGGUAACUGCAGACCUGUUAGUGUGCAGGGAGUGGUGCCGACAGCAAGACAUAGUUCUUUCCUAGCUCUGUACCCGUCUCCUCCGUCAUGAAUCGCACGCGUUGCCUUUGCUUGGCCGUCUGCGUUCUCUUGCUUGCUGAUGGUGCCCUUUCGCAGCAAGCAGGAAACAGAGGAAACAGAGGAAACAGAGGAGGAGGAGGAAGAGAUGGAAGGCAAAACCGUUUCUUCGGCGCCGGUUUGGGGUCUGGCACCGGGGCGCUUGUGUCGGGUCUCGUGAACACUGGAGCGAAUCUUCUGAAUCAGCUGGCGUUCCAAGGGGCCGGAGGACGACCCGGUUUUGGCGGGAGUAACUUCAUCAAUAGACCUGGAGGUUUCGGAACACCCAGCUUCGGUGGCAACAACUUCGGCAACCGACCCGGAGGCUUUGGCGGGAAUAACUUCGGCACAGGUUUUGGCGGGAACAACUUCGGAAACCGACCUGGAGGUUUUGGCGGGAAUAACUUCGGAACAGGUUUUGGCGGGAACAACUUCGGAAACCGACCUGGAGGUUUUGGCGGGAAUAACUUCGGAACAGGUUUUGGCGGGAAUAACUUCGGAACAGGUUUUGGCGGGCAAAACUUCGGAACAGGUUUUGGCGGGAACAACUUCGGAAACCGACCCGGAGGUUUUGGCGGGAACAACUUCGGUAACCGACCUGGAGGUUUUGGCGGAAAUAACUUUGGAACAGGCGGAAACCAGUUCUUUACAGGUAAAUAGAAAAGUGUAACUCUGCGCAUUGCAUCCACAAACAAGAGAGAUUGUAAAGUAUUUCUUAUGUUCAUUAUUUGAUCUUUAUUAUAAUUUCCUGAAGCUUACGAUUAUCAUCUCUAGAUGUUUAUCAUUAUUAUCAAUUCUUGAUGUUUAUUAUUUUCAUUUCUUGAUGUUUAUUAUCAUUACUUCAAAUUUAUUAUUAUAAUUUCUCUUUGCUACGAACUAUGAAGGAAGUAAUAAAAUUGAGUUAUAGCUGUCUAUAUGUAUGUAUUACUGGGAAUCAGUUUAUCACUGGUAAUAAUAACAAUUACACAUAAAGAUGAAUUAGAUGAACAUACUCUUAUUCGUGAGUUUAAUUAAUGUACCUUUAUUAGUAAGGACUGAAAUAAAAGUCACAACCUGGUAACCUGAUUUAUUUUUGAUAAUAAAGAAGCCAGAGAAAAGGUAUUACUGAUAAUGA